AUGACAUCACCCAGCCUCCUCGCUGCGAAGAGACAAAGGCGAGAGGCAGCUGCAGAAGGAGGCUGCUGCUGCAGAGAUCACCACGGAGACCCAGCACCGCUGCUCCAUCCCCUCCUGGCCCGCUGCUAAGCUGAGCGUGCCGGCUGGCUCCAGAGCAGCCCUUGCCCAUGCAGACUGCCCUGGCGAGCGGCGAGGGGAAAGGGAGCAGCAGGCAACGCGCAGCAUGCACUGGGGUGUUGGUUUUGCCUCCUCCAGGUCCUGCGUGGUUGAGCUGAGCCGGAAUCAGAGCCUCACCCUCGGCUGGUGUGCAGGAUCCGAAGAGCACUUCUCCUUUUAUGGGGACAUCAUCGCUUUCCCUUGGCAGGAUUACGGUGGGAUGAUGGCAGGGCUGGGUUCUGAUUCGUGGUGGAAGAAAACCCUUUAUUUGACUGGGGGAGCCCUGCUCGCUGCCGCGGCGUAUCUGCUACAUGAACUCCUGGCAAUUAGGAAAGAGCAAGAGGUUGAUUCCAAAGAUGCUAUUAUACUGCAUCAAUUUUCAAGACCUAACAAUGGUGUUCCCAGUUUAUCUCCUUUUUGUUUGAAAAUGGAAACUUAUUUAAGGAUGGCUGAUUUACCCUACCAGAACUAUUUUGAUGGAAAACUUUCCCCUCAAGGGAAAAUGCCCUGGAUUGAAUACAAUCGCAAAAAAGUAUCUGGCACUGAGUUCAUUAUUGACUUUUUGGAAGAGAAACUCGGAGUGAAUUUAAAUAAAAACCUUGGUCCACAUGAAAGAGCUGUUUCCAGAGCAGUGACAAAAAUGGUGGAGGAGCACUUCUAUUGGACAUUAGCUUAUUGCCAGUGGGUGGACAAUCUCCACGAGACCCAGAAGAUGCUUUCGUGCAGUGGACCCUUUAGUGACCUGCUGAAGUGGAUUCUGUGCCACCUAACAAAAGGAAUUGUGAAACGAGAAAUGUACGGCCAUGGCAUCGGCCGCUUCUCGGAGGAAGAGAUAUACAAGCUGAUGGAGAAAGACAUGCGGUCACUAGCAGGUCUCUUGGGUGACAAGAAGUACAUCAUGGGACCAAAGCUUUCCACUCUCGAUGCCACUGUCUUUGGGCACCUGGCUCAAGCAAUGUGGACAUUACCAGGGACUAGACCUGAGAGACUAAUCAAAGGUGAACUGAUUAACCUUGCUAUGUACUGUGAAAGAAUAAGGAGGAAAUUCUGGCCAGAGUGGCACCAGGACGAUGAUAACACCUUGUACGAAUCUGAGGAAAGUAGUGAAGCUAGCAAGCCUCACACCCCAUUGCAGGACUUCAGCUUUUAUUCAAGGACAGAAACAUUUGAUGAGGAGGGGACAGAGAACAGUAUUUCUCAAACCCCUGACACGGAUUAUACUGGACACUCUCUCUUUGAUUCUGAUGUGGACAUGGAUGACUAUACAGAUCAUGCACAAUGCAAGUGA